AUGAGGCCAGCACUCGCCCUGUGCCUUCUCUGGCAGGCGUUCUGGCCCCGGCCGGGUCGUGGCGAGCACCCCACCGCCGACCGCGCGGGCUGCUCCGCCUCGGGGGCCUGCUAUAGUCUGCACCAUGCGACCAUCACAAGCGGCUGGGCCGAAGAGGCCUGCAACCUGCGCGGCGGGGCGCUCAGCACCGUGCGCGGGGGCGCGGAGCUCCGCGCUGUGCUCGCGCUCCUGCGGGCAGGCCCGGGGCCCGGAGGGGGCUCCAAAGACCUAUUGUUCUGGGUGGCGCUGGAGCGCGGGCGAGCCCACUGCACCCUGGACAACGAGCCGUUGCGGGGUUUCUCCUGGUUGUCCCCCGACGUCGGCGGGUCGGAAAGCGACACGCUGCCGUGGGUGCAGGAGCCCCAACGCUCCUGCACUGUGCGAAGUUGCGCGGGACUCCAAGCCACCGGGGGAGUCGAGCCCGCAGGCUGGAAAGAGAUGCGCUGCCACUUGCGCGCCAACGGCUACCUGUGCAAAUACCAGUUUGAGAGCUUGUGCCCCGCGCCGCGCCCCGGGGCCGCCUCUAACUUGAGUUACCGCGCGCCCUUCCAGAUGCACAGCACAGCGCUGGACUUCAGUCCCCCUGGGACCAAGGUGAGUGCGCGCUGUCCGGGGCAGCAAUUCAUCACGGCCACCUGUAUUGUGGACGAGGUCGGCGCGCGCUGGGACGGGAUACCUUCCGGGGCGGUGCUCUGUCCCUGCCCGGGUAGGUACCUCCGUGAGGGCAAAUGCGCGGAGCUCCCUAAUUGCCUAGACGACUUGGAAGGCUUUGCUUGCGAGUGUGCGGCGGGCUUCGUGCUGGGGAAAGACGGACGCUCUUGUGUAACCAAUGGAGAAGGACAACCGGACCCUGGGGGGACCAAGGUGCCCAUCAAGCACCCGCCGGCCACUUCAGCCAGCCCCGUGCAGAAGAGAACGGGGUCACCCAGUGUCCAUGAAAAGCCAGGAGAGACACCCCAUGUCCCUAGACAGGGCAGUUCGGCAACAUCUAUUCCUGAGAUUCCGUGGUGGAAAGCACAGAGCACGAUGUCUUCCCUUCAAACGUCCCCUCAAGCCAACUCAAAGGCCGCCAUCACUUCUUCGGAAAGCGCGAUUCCCAAUUUUAAUUCCACGUCUUCCGCUGCCAUUCCCCAUGCUUUCGACUCCUCCACCGUGGUCUUAAUACUCGUGAGCAUAGCAGUAGUAGUGUUGGUGAUCUUGACCAUGACUGUGCUGGGGCUUUUCAAACUCUGCUUUCACAAAAGCCCUUCCUCCCGGCCAAGAAAGGGGCCUUUGGCCCCACCGGGUGUGGAGAGUGAUGCCGAGGCUGCUGCUCUGCGCUCCAGUUCUACACAUUGCACCGACAAUGGGGUGAAGGUCGCAGUCUGCGGGACAGAGCAGAGGGCACCUCGCUGA